GCUCUUCCCAGAUAAAUGAUAUGACGAUGGAUGUGCUAAAUUUGUUUCAGUGGACUGAGACUCAGGUUGCCAUUAAUAAAUUAGAGGUUCUGCUCAAAUGUCAAUUAUGCGAUAAGCUACCAACAUCUCCAGUGGUGUUCCCUAUAUGCCAUCACACAUUCUGUGUGCUCUGCUUGAGGGAAAGACCAAGUUGCAGUUCAGCCGAAAGCAAUGGAUGUCCACUCUGCGGCCUGGCUGUGGCCACCAGUGUUUCUGAUAUCCGCCCUGACUGCCUCACAGCUCAGCUCUCUGAAGCCCUCCAAGACCUCCAAUCUCUGUUACAGAACAAGACACCUCCAUGUGGUGACAAAAUUCCUGCCAAAGCUGGUGCUCAAUCGGGAUCUGGUUUGAAAAAUUUAUUAAAGGAAGCUCCUUGCAAGAAUCCCUGUUCUUCACCUCAGCAGGCAGCCAACUCCAGUACUGGAAUUAAUCUUCCUAGUUGCAGAACUACUCAUCAAUCUGUUCCCUCAGUCCCACCUGUCCCGUUAGUCGCAUCUGUCGCCCCUGUACAACCUGUCUCGCAUGUACAACCUGUCCCGCCUGUGCAACCUGUGCAACCUGUCCCGCCUGUACAACGUGUCCCUCCUGUGCAACCUGUCCCCAUAACCCCAAAACUUCAGAGAAAAGCGCCUCAGACAGCAGCUCCUCAGGUAACGCCACGAACACCUCAGCUGAAGUCUGCCUCUCCAAAGCUGCCUCCUGCCACACCCAAGCUUGAUCGGCGUAACUUGAAGGGCGAGACUUUACUGCAUUCAGCUUGUGUCAAGGGAGACGUUGCAACGGUGCAUCAGCUGUUGGAAGAAGGAGCCAAUCCUAAUAGCCGGGAUUAUGCGGGCUGGACUCCAUUGCACGAAGCGUGUCAGCACGGCCACGUUGAGAUAGCAGAAGCUCUGCUGCUCGCGGGGGCGCUGCCCAACGUGCCAGGGUACGAGGGCAACGCCACCCCCCUGCACGACGCCGUCGAGCACGGCCGUGACAUCGUGAUCCGCACCCUGCGACGAUAUGGCGCCAGGGAUGACCUGUGUAACAUAUAUGGCCACACUGCGAGGGAUUUGGCUUCACUUUGUCAGGCACCAGACAAACUUCUUGCUGCACUGGACACAGCUCCUGAAGAGGAUGCCAUUAAAGCUGUUAAACGCGCUGGUCCUCCCUUACAUAGCAUCGUUGUUACCUCAUCCAACCUGUCAGCGGAACAUUCCAAGACUUUGCAAGCUUUUGCUCGUCUCUUCCGAAUACGACUCGUUAAUGAGUUCUGUCCUGAAGUGAGUCACGUGGUCGUAGGGUGCGAAGGCAGUCGACUGGUUUGCCUCCGCACCGCCAAGUUCAUGAUGGGCGUAGUGGCUGGCAAGUGGAUCGUGUCACACGAGUGGAUUGAAGCGUGUAUGCAGCAAAAAACCAUCGUAUGUCCAGAACCUUUUGAAGUGUUGGGUUCAUCUCAGAAUGCUGCUAGCGGUGCACCGCUCAGAGCUCGCGUCAAUGCAAGUAACAUGCUGCCUGGUCUCUUUAGCGGCUGCCACAUAUUUUUACAUGGAAACUUCAAAAGUGAGAACUGCCCCUGCAAGCGCGACCUCGAGAGCCUGGUGCGCGCUGGUGGUGCCAAACUCCUCGUCAGAGAACCCAAGCCUGAAAGCAUCCCUGAGAUCGAGAAGACUGUGCCUUAUCACGCCGCGGUUGGCUCGCCUCUGGCCCGAUGCUCCCAUUAUAUUAUUUAUUUGGAGGGCAGCGACACUGAGCCUAAACUCAAGUAUGACAUGGCGCAUAUCAAGUCCCUGACGCUUUCCUGGCUCAUCGAUUGUGUUGAUCAUUUCGAGCUUUUACCUCCUUUCCACAGUAUUACGUAAAUACAUCAGCAAUAUCAAGAAUAACCAAAAUAUUAUAGCUGAAUGCCAACUGUGAGACCUUUGAUUAUAGCCCACAUGUCUGUUUUAGAUUAUUAAGCAUUACUCUGGAAAUAUAAUUAUUUUAGAGAAAUGGCUCGUUCGUGAAUGGUAUCUUUGUUUUAUUGAUUCUCUUUAAAUUGGCUCUUUGAAUUAUUUAAGCAUAUUAACUUUCCGAGCUUCUUGCGGCUUUCAACCCCAAAAUUAUUCCCAAAACGAUCAUUGUGCCCUACUGUUAUCUUCAAGUGAAUGUUUGUUGGGCGUAAUGAAGAAAAAAUGUUUAUAAAAGAUCAUGUAUUCUCAACACUGGUUUUUUUAAUGUAAUGACCGUUAGAUCAGACGCCACAAAUGUGGUUACCUUUUUCAAUAUUAGAGAUUAUUUCAGCAGCAAUUGAAGACGUGACUGAUGAGUACAUUUGAUAAAAUGGGCUCAUUUCUGCCGUCGUAUGUAACGGCUGUUACGAUAAAAAGUAAAUUUAGAGAAUCGAUAACAUCCUGAUUGAAAUUCAUCUUUGGUUUUUCAUAUUGGUAUUGAUUUUAUGAGUUAAGCGCAUAAAUUUUGAUCACUCAACGAGCGAAGCUAACUAAUAUCACGGUGCACUAACUUUGUCAUACAUCAAGAUGAAUUGUUUUUCGCGAGUCUCAAGAGCUUGACUAAAAUUUAAUUUAUUUGUAAAACAUGUUUAUUUUUCUCAGCUGUGAGACGCGUUUGUUAUAUAGUACUUUCAACACUU